AUCCAUGCUUCCUCUUUCAUCCCCUCCGACGGUCAACUCAGUAUGGAUCCUCUUUCCACCGCUGCAAGCAUUAUCGCUCUAAUACAGGCAUCGGCGGCGGUUGGCAAAGGAGUGAAGAUACUUCUCUCUCUUCGCCAUGCUCCGGCGGACUUUUGUGAGCUCGUUGAUGAGCUCACUACUCUCCAGGACGUUAUCGAGCAAGUCAAGAGUCCGCUUCAGGAACUGGAGAAGGGGGGUGUUGCUCUUCCGACGUUAAAUAUAGCUCCGACUUUGGCUUUGAAACAGGAUCUAAAGAGUAUACAAGAGGAGCUUCUAGCCCUGUGUCAUCGUCUCACGGGAACGAAGUCUGGCGAUGAAAUGAGCGGGCAACUUCGAGUCUCAAUGUCGAGAUGGAUCCGGGAGAGAAGUAAUGUUGCCAAGCUGAAGUGCAGGGCAAGCAAGACCAAGGCCUCUUUGAUACUUUGUUUUGGCGCUCUCAUCUCGUCACAAGGCUCUCAUCACGCCAGGGCUAUACUUGAAAUCCGCCAGCUCGUUGAAACGUCUUUCCAGGCUUUGGAAGAGGAGGGUAGGAUCCAUCGGAGGAUGCAACUUAUGAAUCAAGCCGACUUAGACGAUAUCAAGACCUCUCUCAACCAGAUGUGCGCCAAGACGUUGCAACCAGAAGACUCGUUGCAAGGUAGAGACCAGCCUUCCAGAGUGAUUAGCAACAGCCCGCGCUAUAUAGAGACCGGAAGCAGCCCUUUUUUGUCAUUUCAGAAACGAGUCGACCGAAUAUGCACACCGUAUUGCAAAUGUCAAUGUCAUCGCCAGUCUAAGCUACAGACACCGACAUGGCUACGCUUAAUAUUUGGAACCAUGUUCCUCGAAUUUAACAGAACAUCGCUGCUGGGGCCCAGAAAGUGCGACUUCGAGGCGUGUGCCGGAGCACCAGAUUCGGCACGCAUGAUAUACAUCUUUCCCCAAUGGCUCCUCUUGCGUGCCCUCUUUGUCGCUGCUUCUCGGGACAGUCUGACCGGAAUCGGCUCUUCGAUCCACCUCCGUAUUCCACGACUAAUUCCACGUGAACAAAUGAUAUCGAUUGUGUAUAACUUCGACAUCGAUUGGGUGAAGCGAGGAAUCAUCAACUCAACUGUACUGCCGACAGAUGUAGAUGAGGAUGGGAACUCUCUCCUUAUGAUAGCGCUGCGCGACGUCAACUUGACGCUUUCGGAAUUUCUGGUCGAGCAAGGAUGGCCGUUGCAUACCGAGAAUGUUACUCGCUGGACCGCUGCCAGCCGCUCUCGUAUGCUCUAUUAUGCGGCGAAGCAAAGCCAGAUACAGUCUCUCAAGCCUAAGCAUCGUCAGAUGCUUGAGCAGCUAACAUUUUCUCAAAAGACUGAAACAUCAUCCUUGAUUCACGAUGCGAUGCUCGGGACCGUCCCGACAUCCUUGUCAGACGCAAUAACACUUGCCCGAUCUGACAUUGACAGCUUGGAUAGUUACGGAUGGUGUCCGCUGCACUGGGCAAUCUAUCUGGCCGAUUAUGCUUCCUUCGAUAUGCUGCUGUAUCGUGGUGCGAGCCUCGAGACGACUACCAGGAGCGGGUGGACACCUCUGCAUUACGCAGCGCGAUAUGAAUCUCCUGGUUCGGUGAAGAUGACUAAAGCACUCCUCGACGUACUGCAGAGAGGAAGUGCUUUGGUGGUUGAAACCGACACAAACUGGGUGUGCCCGCUCUCGUAUAGGGCUCGUCGUACAAGUAACGUCGCCCGUUGGGAUCCGAGGAGGACCUACUGGGAUCGAUCUCUCGACCUGCUCUGUAACGCUGGCAUGGACCUCAAUGUACCGUCCAAACAGAGAGGCUUCAAAGGCAGAACACCCAUUCACGACACGAUUCUGUGGCGCAACGCGGCGUUGUUGGAGCUCCUGAUCCAGCACGGCGCCAGGCUCGAUGCCGUUGACAAGAAGGGAUCCGGAGUGCUCCACUUCGCGGCCCAGAGUGCCAACCAGGAGCUUAUUGAUAUCUUGAGCGAUGCUCGUAUCCGCGGGCUGAACCCUGAUCUAGCAAAUGCGGCUGGCGAUACUCCGAUGAAGAUUAUGACUGCCAGGCUGUACAGUAAGGAAGACUCCAGACAGCCGGGCGAGACGGUACCGACGUUCGAUGAGUGGUUGGCUUUCAAGAACAUAUUGGAAGAAAUUCGAGGACGCAAUCUUGAGGACUUCUUGGGAUCUAAAUACAUGGACAUGGUUGACGAUGACAUUAGUUCCAGCGGGAUUUCAAGCAGCACUAGUGACGAUGUGGAUUAGUCGUCGACUCAGCUUAAGCAAGAAAUAGGAAAAGACAUCCAGAAAACUUUUGGAUCAAGGAUCGAGCGUAUAAGUGCCAUGGCGUUCAGGGCCCUUUCAUGGGGUUUGAAAAAGUCCCGAGCUUGGGUUUACUCUCCCUCGUGGGAUGCGAUGACGAUCCGCACGUGCCAUUGGAACGGUUCUCCAUACCUAGCUUUCGAGUUUCUUGCAUGACAGUGCGCGGCACGCAUGGUGAGAUUUUGAAGUGGCGAUCCGAGAUGGAUAAGCAGGAUUCUAUUCUUAUCGCAAUCCAGAUCCACCUCGCUGCCGCCCCAAG